AGUCAAGCAGAGAAACCAGACAAAAUGUCCUCUCUUCCCUGCAGGCCUCUAGCACAGGUUUUAUAUUCUGGAGACAGUGCAGGGUGAGUUACAGGGUUCUCUGGCAAGCAGCCACUAUUAAGCACUCAUGGAUACAGCUCGUCUUUUCAGACAUAGAGCACCAGGGAGUGCGAGGAGCAGCUGCUGUGACACCCUCGAUGUCCUGCGAGGCUCCCGCCGGGUCUGAGCGGCAUCAGCGGGGGAGCGCCGUGCCUGGGAGCUGCCGUGCUGCUGUGGGAAGAGCAUGAGUGUCUCAUGCCCGCCACCCGCCUUUCAGCUCUGUCACAGGAGCCGGCUGCGCUCCUGCCGCAUUCAGCAUUAGCGGAGCAGGCAUUCCUUCCGUGCGCUGUGCAGUUACUAAAAACAUGGGGCUCCAGUCGGUAAAGAACUGCCUUUGGCUGCCCUGCGUCCUCAGGACUCCGAAAGCUUGCUUCUGGAGCACAGCUGGUGGAGGCCUCAUUAUCCAGUCUGUUUCUAAUGAUGUUUACCAAAAUCUAGCAGUGGAAGAUUGGAUCCAUGACCACAUGGAUUUAGAGAAGCAACAGGUCCUUUUCCUUUGGAGAAAUUCCCCUGCCGUGGUAAUAGGCAGACAUCAGAAUCCCUGGCAGGAAUGCAACCUCAGGAUGUUGAGGCAAAAAAAUAUAAAACUAGCCAGGAGAAGAAGUGGAGGAGGAACAGUUUACCAUGACUUAGGCAAUAUCAAUUUGACUUUCUUUACAACCAGAAAAAAAUAUGAACGAAUGGAAAACCUGAAGCUUGUUGUGAAGGCUCUGAAAGCCUUGCGACCCCAGUUAGAUGUACAUGUCACUGACAGGUAUGACAUCUUGCUAGACAGGCAAUACAAAAUCUCAGGCACUGCUGCUAAGCUGGGAAGGACAAGUGCUUAUCACCACUGUACCUUACUCUGUAAUGCAGAUAAGUUUGUUUUAUCUUCUGUGCUAAAAAGUCCUUUUAUAGGGUUAAAGAGCAAUGCCACUCCUAGUGUGCCUGCCUUGGUGAAAAAUCUCUUUGAAGAGGAUACUAGUUUAACUUCUGAGAUACUCCUGGAUGCCAUUGCUAAAGAAUAUGCUAUGCAGCACCAGAUAGAUCACCAUAUCACCUUAAUAAAUCCAGCUGAUGAGACUCUGCUUCCUGGAAUUAGUGACAAAACUAAAGAACUACAAACCUGGGAAUGGGUGUAUGGAAAGACACCAAAGUUCAGCAUCAGCACAUGUCUUAACAUGGUCUAUAAAGAUUCUGUUCUUGAUGUUAAAGUAAAUAUGGAUGUAAAGCAUGGAAGGAUUGAAGUCUGUAACAUUGAUCUGCCAGAGCAGUGGCUGCCACCAGGACUGUACAGUGAACUGGUCAAGAGUCUUACUGGCAGUAAGUUUUGCCCAAACGAAAUCACUGCACUAGUGACAGCAUUGCUAAGAGUGUGUCCACAAGAUGAUGAGUUGCACAGCAGGUGGAGUCUACUGUGUGAGAAUAUGAUAAGAUUAAUGUGACUUGCAUUUUGAAAAUGUAAGUUAAAUUUCUGCUGCUUUUUUAUUUAAUGUAUUGAAAACAAAAUUAAAACAAUCACUAGUAAGAGAAAAAUUCAGCUUGUAGAAAACAAACUGUUCAAUCUUGUGCUUUUAUUUAAUAUUACAAUUAAAUUUCACACUGCAUGCACCUGAUGUUCCUAAACUGUAGGAUUGAAACCACUGCUGACAAGACAUCGUUGCUGCUUGAACCAGGGAAAAUGGUGGGGACAUCCCAAACUGGCCCUGUAGCAGAGAAGGUACAAAUGGCUGACACAGAUGGAAUAGGUAGGUGUAAAACUGGUGGUGUGCUGCUGCACUGGAUGCCCCAGCCUGCAUCCUGCUCCUUGUGGACAGUAGCCCAAAGGCUGUGUCACAGCCCCUGAGCUGUGUGAGAGGGAUGUUCCCUGGUUUCUGAUUCAGAGUCCCUUCUUGCAGAGUGCUGUGCCUCUGCUGUACAAGCACUGCAGUGAGCUCAGCUCAGCCCUGGGUAGUGAAUCACUGCAGGUGCAGCCUGAGUUAGGGCUUUUGUCCAUGCAUGUGCAAGAGCAGGGGAAGACAGGAAGUUCAGUGUGGGGGUUUAUGUGAUGAGGACGGAGGAGGCUAACUGGGAGGCCACACGUGCCUCCUCUGUUCCUGUGCCUGGCACAAACUGGGAGUGCCUGCUGCCCUGGGUACUGCUAUCAAAGCUAAACACUUGAAAAUGCAAACACAGAUCUAGGAGAGUUUCCUUAUGUUACCACCUAGCAGAUUUUCCCAUAAAAGGCAACAAUGAACUGAAAGUGACAGUUUUAUUGUUAAAUAAUAGUUCUAUAUAUAGUAAAAUUAUGGAAAAAAGGCUCAAGAUGUAUUUCAGUGUUUUUGAAGGAAAAGUGAAAUGCAAUUUUGACUAGGUCAGAACAGAUACCUGAAAGGAGGCUGUGGCCAGGUGAGGUUUGGG